AUGGAUCAAAGUGGAAAUAAGAGAGGACACCAGGAACUUACUUUUUCUUCCACCGAGGAAGCAACUACUCUUCUAAAAUGGAAAGCAACUUUCCAAAACAAGAAUAAUUUUUUAUUGGCAUCAUGGACACUAAGUCCUACUGGUUCCAAGAAUUCUUCCAGCGAUGAAGAAGGAAGUCCUGAUGCAUGCAUGAGCUGCUAUAGAGUUAUAUGCUUUAAUGGUUGUGUGAACAGGUUGAAUAUUACAAUUGCUGGUGUCAUUGGUACACUCCACGAAUUUGCAUUUUCAUCACUCCCUUUUCUUGAUUAUGUUGAUCUUAGCAUGAACCAGCUCUCUGGCACCAUCCCGCCUGAAAUAGGUCUUAUUCCUCCAGAAAUGGGUACCUUGAUCAAUGCCAACUCGUUCUUUGCUUCAUCUAAUAAAUCGUUCGGUCCAAUUCUUGCUGAAAUAGGGAAGAUGAAGUCACUUGAAGAGUUAAGCGUAUACGAAAACAAUCUUUCUGGUCCAAUUCCCAAAAUAGAAAGUGACUUAGGUGAGCUCAAACUCUUGCACCUUUAUUCCAACCAACUUUCUGGUCCCAUUCCUAAUGAAUUGGAAAAUUUGAAAAACCUGAAUAAGCUGCAAUUAUCCACUAAUCAACUUAUUGGUCCAAUUCUUCCUUCCUUUGGCAACAAACUUCUUGGUGGAGAAAUACCCCCUCAGUUGGACUAG